AUGGCGCCCUCGAACCCCCCCCCGAGCAGCAGCAGCAGCAGCAGCAGCAGCAAGGUGAAGGACCUGACGCUUGCUGCCUUCGGCCGCAAGGAAAUUCAACUUGCAGAAGCAGAAAUGCCCGGACUUAUGGCCCUCCGAGCAGAGCUGGGGCCCCGCAAGCCGCUGCAGGGAGUCCGCAUCACUGGCUCGCUGCACAUGACUGUACAGACAGCUGUGCUCAUUGAAACCCUCACCCACUUGGGCGCCACAGUCCGCUGGUGCUCCUGCAACAUUUUCAGCACUCAGGACCACGCAGCAGCAGCAAUAGCUGCUGCGGGUUCGGCCACGGUCUUCGCCUGGAAAGGUGAAACGGUGGAGGAGUACUGGUGGUGCUCGGAGCAGGCACUGACUUGGCCGGACUGCGCGGGCCCUGACUUGCUGGUGGACGACGGGGGGGAUAUAACUCUGUUGAUUCACGAAGGAGUGCAUGCAGAGGAGGUUUACGAGUCUUCGGGUUUGCUGCCGGAAGUUGCUGCUGCAGCAGACGAGGAAGCAGCAGCAGUGCAGCAGCUGCUGCGGCGGAGCGUGGCGGCCGCGCCGCGGAAGUGGCGGCAGCUGGCCGCGGGCGUGCGCGGAGUCAGCGAAGAAACCACCACGGGCGUGCUGCGGCUGCUGCAGCGCGCUGCAGCAAAACUGCUGCUGUUUCCCGCAAUAAAUGUGAACGAUUGCGUCACAAAAAGCAAAUUUGAUAAUAUUUACGGCUGCAGACACUCUUUGCCCGACGCAAUCAUGAGAGCCACCGACGUGAUGCUGGGCGGGAAGCUGGCAGUGGUCUGUGGCUACGGCGACGUGGGCAAGGGCUGUGCUGCAGCACUUCGCGGCCAAGGCUGCAGAGUUAUAAUUUCGGAAAUAGAUCCAAUUUGUGCUUUGCAAGCGGCCAUGGAGGGUUUCGCGGUGGCGCCGCUGGAGGCGGUGGUGGGGGAGGCGGACUUGUUCGUGAGCGCCACGGGAAACAAAGACAUUAUUUUGCAAAAGCACAUGCAAAAGAUGAAAAACAACGCAAUUAUUGGAAAUAUUGGCCAUUUUGACAACGAAAUUGAUGUCAGGGGCCUCAAAGCCACCCCAGGCAUCCGCUGCGAAAACAUCAAACCCCAAGUCGACAGGUACAUCUUCCCAGACGGCCACGCUGUCAUUCUUCUCGCAGAAGGCAGACUCAUGAACCUCGGCUGCGCCACUGGCCACCCCUCCUUCGUCAUGUCUUGUUCGUUUUCUAACCAAGUCCUCGCCCAGGUGGCUUUGUGGGAGGCAGCGGCUGCCAAGAGCUACUCCAACCAGGUGUACAGACUCCCCAAGCACCUCGACGAGAAAGUCGCUGCUCUCCACCUCCCCGCCCUCGGCGCCAAACUCACCCGCCUUUCGCAAGAACAAGCCAAGUACCUCGGAGUCAGCCCCGACGGGCCCUUCAAGUCCGACGACUACAGGUACUAG